CCCAUCCAGCAAUCAUCCCUCUCGACUCCACUGACCAAACAGGCAAAACACCCAACCGGACCAAAUCGCCCCCGCAGCAGAGGCCGCGCCGCCCAUGGAGCCGGCGGCGGAGAAGAGGGAGGCCGAGCAGGAGGAGCAGCAGCACCCGUCGCACGACGAGGCCGCUGCCCCUUCCGCCGACGAGGACGAGGCGGAGGCGGAGGAGAACGAGCGCCGCAACCGCGAGCUCAAGGCCGGCCUCCACCCCCUCAGGCGUAAAUUCGUGCUGUGGUACACGCGCCGGACUCCUGGGGCGAGGUCGCAGUCCUACGAGGACAACAUCAAGAAGAUCGUCGACUUCAGCACUGUUGAGUCGUUCUGGGUUUGCUACUGCCACCUCACGCGCCCGGCUUCCCUGCCAAGCCCCACCGACUUGCAUCUUUUCAAGGAGGGCAUCCGGCCACUUUGGGAGGAUCCUGCAAAUCGGAGUGGUGGCAAGUGGAUCAUAAGGUUCAAGAAGGCUGUCUCUGGUCGUUUCUGGGAGGAUUUGGUGCUGGUGCUAGUUGGUGAUCAACUUGAUUGUAGUGAUGAUGUUUGUGGCGUUGUACUCAGUGUUCGUUUCAAUGAAGAUAUUCUAAGUGUUUGGAACCGUAAUGCAUCUGACCACCAGGCUGUGAUGACAUUAAGAGAUUCAAUUAAGAGGCAUCUGAAGCUGCCACACAGCUAUUUGAUGGAGUACAAACCACACGAUGCUUCGCUGCGGGAUAACUCAUCAUACAGGAACACGUGGUUGAGAGGAUGAGCUCCAUAUUUGCAAAAUUAGCUAUUAUCUUCCUCCAAACUAUCGCCUCGUGGAUGUCUUUUCUUUAUAAGCUAUGCUCGCAUGGGACUAAACGUAUUAUGUAUUGUGCAUCCAAACUCUUUGGUAUGCUAUGUACAAUCAAAAUGCCCAGAGUUAUCACUCGUGCUGCCUUA